AUGGCCAAAAUAUAUGUACAUCCUGACCCGUCUCGCAGGCUGGUCGCCCUCCUGCAACGCCAUCUGCCGCACUCUGGCCCUGUACUGCGAGUCAUUCAAUCCUUUGGAAUCCUCCCGCGCUCUGCAGAAGCUUGUGUGCUCGCCACGCUCCCUCCAGACGCAGAAUCAGACACAGAGGCAGAGAAUGGGGGUCGAGGCGCGAGUUCAGUGCCAGAAGACCCCUGGAUGGUGGCAUAUGUAGAUGUAUUCCGCUACCCCGAGACCCAGAUAUGGAUAUACUCGAGCCUGGAGGCCGACGGGAUGAACGAGACUGUUGGAGAUGUGAUCAAGACUACACUGACGGCCGAUGAAGAGACGCAACGGCAGGCCUGCGAGCAGCUCCGAAGUCUGCUGGCGUACGUUCGCACGAAGCUGGUGCCGUCACUCUUGUCCACGCCGGGAGCAACGGAGAAGAACAUCGUCCGCAGCCAGACGAACGGGAUCAAGAAGGUGCCCGUCGUUCCUCCGACUGGACUCUUGAUGGGAACGGUGAAUGACGGUCUAUCUGUGCUAUUCAACCAGCUGGGAUACAGGGAUGAACACGACCCUUUCUCCUCUGGUCAUAAGAAACCAUUCUUUCACGUCAACCGUGUCGAUCUAUGCGUCAAGUUCAUGUUUGACCGGUCUCAUUACGACUCUGGUGACAACAAGCCAACGCCCGGAUAUCGGUUCCAUGACCGCAAGGGCCGCCAUGGCAUCCAGGACCAUCAGUUCAGUCUCGUCCUGAGUCGGACGCACAUACAGCGCACUCGAGCGUCAUUCCCUGCCAGCGUGGCACUCUACUGCAGCACGGCAGAGGAUGCAGCCGCGAAACCUCCGGGCGAGACCUCGUCUGGGGACAAGGAGGGAGCCAACUCCGAAGAAAUGCCUGUUGGUUGGGCGUUUUUCACGUAUGACGGGAGCAUGAUCGUCCUACACGUCGAGCCGGAGUACCGAGGACGGGGCCUGGCGUCUCUGCUUUCAAGGGAGAUCAUGCGCCGGGGCAUGGGCCAUGACGCCAUUCAUGCUCUGCAGCUGGAAGGCGAUGUCGAGGGGAGGGAAAGGGGGUGGGUGUUUGCCGAUGUCAGUAUAGACAACACUGCCAGCCAGAGGGUGAUGCAGAAGCUGGGAGGGCGGCCGGGCUGGGCUAUGAGAUGGAUUGGAGGGGAGUUCACUGGCGUCAGUCCUGUUAUAGAUGGUACAUAG